UCUCCAGGGCAACCGCUCGCGCAGCCCAGGCCCCGCCCCCACCCCCACCCCCACCCCGCCGGAAGCAGCUUCGCGCCAGGAGCUCCAGGGCAGUCCUUCCCCGCUGCGAGUCAGAUUUAAGGAUUGUCCAUAAGAAGAGCACCACCUCCUUGAGGGGAAAGCUUAACAGUCCUGAGCAAUUGCCAGUCAACAUGUCUGCAAAUUUGAGAGAGUUGUCAACAUGCCUCCCACAAACUGCAGAGGAGCCCGACAGGAUUCUUAUAGUGAAGAUGGAAGAGGAAGAAGAGGCCUGUGAUCGGGACUCCAGACUCCAUUGGAGCAACUGCUACAGCCCAGAGACCUUUCGCCAGCAGUUCAGGCGGUUUGCCUAUGAGGAUUCACCUGGACCCCAGGAGGCUCUAAGCCAGCUCCGGGAACUUUGUCAUCACUGGCUAAGGCCAGAGGAGCACACCAAGGAGCAGAUCCUAGAACUGCUGGUGCUGGAGCAGUUCUUGGCUAUCCUGCCCACGGAGCUGCAAGCCUGGGUGCAGCUGCACAGACCAGAGAAUGGAGAGGAAGCCGUGACUCUACUGAAGGAUGUGGAGAGAAAGGUUGACCGUCCAGUUGAGCAGGUCUUUUUUGGACAGAGGAAGGACAGAACUGCAGAGAAAGUGGCCCCUUGGAAAAUCACUGAAGAGUUAACAAAUAGCCAGCUCAAGCCCUUGAAGAAGCAGUUCCAGUGGGCACCGUGGGAACCAUAUUUCUUAAGACAUCACGGUGAAGACACCAAAACUACAAAUGUAAAAACUGCUUCAAGGCAAAAGACUUCCUCAGGCACAGUGCUACGCGCUAACACCCUUCAUAUGAGUGCCUCCCAGAGUUUCACACCUAGAGGAAUCUGGGAACAAGAUGGCAGGUUUGAAAGAAAACAAGGAAACCCCUCUCGCAAAAAACAACACAAGUGUGAAGAAUGUGGCAAAAUCUUUAGUCAGAGUUCUGCCCUUAUUCUACAUCAAAGAAUUCACAGUGGAGAGAAGCCUUUUGCAUGUGAUGAGUGUGCAAAGGCUUUCAGCCGGAGUGCAAUUCUGAUUCAGCACAGAAGAACCCAUACUGGGGAAAAACCCUUUAAGUGCCACGAAUGUGGCAAAGCCUUUAGUCAGAGCUCAAAUCUUUUCAGACAUAGAAAAAGACACACUAGAGAAAAAGUCCCAUCAGUAUCAUGAGGGUCUCAAAGCACAUAGAGCUUUUACAAACAAGAUAAGACCCAAGGCACAAACACUCCUUUAAUAUAAAUCAGCGUUUUUGAUGGGCACCAGUUUCCUUUCAAGGGUCAUAAAAGCCACAGGAAAGGAUGUAGAAUAGGCAUUUUCUUUUCUGCUUAUCAAUGCAGGGUCAGUUCAGAUGUUUGAGAUUACAAAGCGUAAGUCAGAUUUCCAUCCUUAAGCAGCCCUUGAAAAGACAUUUUCAGAUGUAUUUUACUAUUUCCAUUAUCAACUUAAAUGAUGAACUAGUAUAUUCCCUUUUUAGACAAAUGGAUUUUUUUUUCCCUGUUGAAAAGGACUAUAUGUGUUAUUCAGUGUAAAAAUAAGUUGAGUACUAGAAUUCUGAAGACCAAAAUUAAAUAACUCUUUAAAAUUUUUCCAAUUUGGUCUUCUGUUAUCAGAUUUACAAUAGGAGAGUAGUGAGGAGCCCUGUUAUGAUUUGGGUCUUAAAUGGCUCCCAAAGGUUCAUGUAUGGAAAGCUUAGUCCCCAGCUGAUGGCGCUCUUGGGACGUUGUGGAAUCUUUAGGAGGUGGGGCCUAAUUGAAAAAAGUUGGACCAUUGGAGGAGUGCCCUUGAAGGGUACAUUGGGAUCCUGGCCCCUUUCUCUUUCUCAUUUCACUUCCUGGCUGCCAUAAGCUGAAUUGCUGCUUCCUCUAUGAGCUCCCCACUGUGAUGUACUACCUUGUCACAGGCCCAAGUACAACAGGGCCAAGCAAUUGUGGACUGAAACCAUAAGUCAAAAGAAAUCUUUCUUCUUUUUAAGUUUAUUUUUCUGGGAUAUUUUGUCACAGUGAUGGAAAACUGACUACCAUAAAAUUAGUACUGAGAAGUGGGGUCAUUGCUAUGACUACACCUGAUGGUGUGAUUCAGAAGCCUUUGAAAUGGGUUUGUGAGAAGAGUCUGGGGGAGCAGACUAGAAAAAAAUCUAUAAUACUUUAAGUAAAACUUAAUAGGUUAUUGGUGGGUGCGCAGAAGACCGGAUACUCUAGGAAUGCAGAUAGUAAAGAUUGUGCUAAUGAAGAUUGGGCUGGAAAUGAGGACUCUAUUGGGAAUCUAACUAGCAGCCAUUCUUGUUACUAGCUAGCAAAGAACUUGUCUACAUUUUGUCCAUGCUCUCAGACCUGGUAAGAGACUGAAUUUAAAGGUAAGGGACUAAUUACUCAUUAACUCCCAAGUUUUCAAUUCUGCAAAUAUUUCAGUGACACAGGUAUAUUAAAAUAAGUUGGAAAUCAAAUCUGAAAUUUGUAUAUCCUUUCUUGUCAAUGAGAAAAAUACAGAUAGUCCUAUAGAUAGAAUACUGGAACAAUAUAAUAUCUCUUACAUAUAUGUAAGCAAUUCUAUAAAUAGGACACUGAGUACAUGUUACAUAAUGUACAAAGAAGUGACUUUCAUGACCUGUCCAACAAUUAUUUUUGUUGGAAUGGAGCAAAGCACUUCAAACAAAGAGUUACAAUACAUUUUUGACAAUAUGUUAGUUUCCCAUUAUGUGGUUUGUUUUGACAUCAUAGUUGUUCCUGCUAUUUGACAAUAAUAUGGCUUUUCUUGUCAAAUCUGACAUCAUCUUGAAUAGUAGUAGGUUCAGAAGUAUUGCAUUUUCUUCCUUAUAGGUUCUCCUUUCAUAAUUUUAAGUAUAAUAAGCACACCUCUUUUGGAAUUCAACAAGUUUAUGAGGUAUUUCCUGUCUUUGUUCACAAAUUUGCAAAUAGUUUAUGCACAUAUCAAUUUUUUUAAGUGAACAAAGGCCAAUACCAUUUUUUUUAUACCUCUAAUAAUAAACCAACCAAUCAUGUUUAUCCACACCACCACUGAAAUUGAUAUAGGGACCCACUAUCUUUGUUUGAGUUACAUUGACUCUGCUCUCUUUCCUUUAUUGAACUUUGUCAACUUGUUCCACUGUAUUUUAAUUCAUUCCAGUAAUUGAUUGUGUAACCAUUUUACAGUGAGAAUUUUCUUAUUUGUAUUAAGUCUGUAAUCUUACAGCCCUCUUGCUUGGUUUUUCAUUAGUGUUGGCAGUUUCAGAGGACUCUCGUUAGUCUGUUUUUAGUUGGAAUCUAGUAUUUCAGAGAUAUAUCAAGAAGUUCAAAAGCAGUGAAUAAAUUAUUGGGAAAAACGGGGUGUAAUCAUGGAUUCUCUACCACUUCAGGUUUUCAUAGAACUACCUUACUCCCAAGCGAAAGAUGACCAUUGGAUCCUCUAAAGUACUUUUCGCACAAUAUUUGUCAGUUAUAGCAAUAUCCUGACUCUCCACAUAGUACCUAGAAUUUAUAACCAAAUCUUGUGGACAUUGUUUCAGUGGAUUGUGUCUAUAAUAGCUGAUAAGCAUUUUAUCGACUGUCAAAAAUUCUUUAAAGAUA